CACAGAAUGUUCAGUCACAGUAAAAGGUUUAUGGAAAUGUCUUUCCACUACGCCAGGGAACAGAUGGUCGUGGAAAAUCAGCUGAUUAUUCAUAGUUUAUUGUUUCUACACCGGGUUUUAAAGCAGUUCCUUAAAUUUUAGAUAGCAUCUUUUUAAAAUUCUUCGCAAAAUCUGUCUCUCCAUUCGCCGCCUCGCCAUGCGGUUAACUGUCCAUUUCAGGUUGAGAUUUCUUCUCGCUAGUUGUAUAUUUUUGUUCCUUUACUUUGUUUUGUUUUGUCACUUGACCGCGGCUUCCUCUCCUGGUUUUUGCGACAAAGAUGGAUGUGCUGGCGUCAUAGAAAAAGGUAUGUUUAAGCUUCGUAAUCAAUUUUUUGGCCCUCAACCGUCGAUUGUGAAACAUGAGAUGAGGCCAGCAGAGACGCUGAUCCCCAGAACUGCAGAGUUAUACUUGCGUACUCCCUAAGCUUUAUGAAAUUCUGACUUUCGAUUGUAGACAAAAUGAGUAAUACGACACUCAAUUGAAACCUUUUGAAAGGAGUCACAAUUGGCAACUGUUAGAUUUGUUUUUCUGCACAACGUUUUAAGUUUGCGACCUUUGGUUGAUAUUGACGUUUGGCGGUCCAGAAUGGGGUCGAUAAAGAGCUGGGGUAUUCAGUUAUUCUGCUGCACAUAAUGGUCGAUUCUCGAGAAAGUACACGUCAGCGAUCACCUCUUGAGCUGAUUAAUUCUUCAUAUUAUUCAAGGCUUAGAUAAGAAUAUUAAAAAAAGAGAAUCAAAAUCACCCUCACUAUAAAAAUCGCUAUUAACUUUCAUUAACUUUCCCAAACAAAUAUAUUGUUUUUUUAGGGGCCUUAAGAUUCACCGUGUCUGCCUACAGCUACGGUUAGGAAAACAUGUUUGCCAAAUAGCUAUAUAAAAGGCAACCACAAUUUCUUAGAUAUCAUAAUAGUUAUGGUAUCUAGGAAGUCAUGGUCGUCCUUUUACAUAGCUAAUUUGCAAACAUUUUUUAUGAAAGGUAUCACUGUUUUACCCAGCAGCCUACCUGUUUAUCGAGGGCAAGAGGCAAUCUACCUGUAUUUGUGGCUAUGCAUACAGGGGUGGUAUGGUUAACAAUUAUUCCACAAGUGCACGUUGGAUCUGAGAUGGUAGAUAGCCAACGAGGCGCGUAGUGCUGAGUUGGCUAUCUACCAUCUAAUAUCCAACCAGCGCGAGUGAAUUAACGUUGUUUUAUUAAAAACACCCACAAAAUAUCAAGAAUUCUUCCCGACUUUAUUUGUAAGAACAACCAAUUUUCAGCUGGUUUUUAAUUUUGAGCAGACACGUACAAUUACCAUAUUUAAAGAGCAUUGUAUGAAGGCUCAUAUAUCACGAUGGUUAAGCCUAUUAGAGCUCUAGAAUUGCAUUAUCCAAUGAUUCAGUUUUUGAUAAAGGGAAUUAUCACAUGUGCAAUGGCUAUGCAGAUAUGUGCCCCUGUGAAGUGUAGAAAUCAGAGGAUUUUGACUUAGAACAAGGUAUCAGGUGAAACUGAUCAGUGGCAUGAUAGUCAUACAUGUAGUCCAUCAUGUUGUAGGGAUCUUAAGUACUUCGCACCUAGCUCUCAAACCAAGGAGGGCUUGUCAUGAGUCUGUGUACAUGCAUAAUGGGAUAAACAAUGUGAGACCCACACAGCCAGAAAAAGUACAUGGAGUUUUGUAAAAUUCUCAAGUUUCAUGGUAAUGGAGCCAAUAUUGAACAAGAUACAGCUAUUUAAAAACUUGACAAUUUACUAGGAAAUGUACAAUGUACGGAUUGGUGGACUCACUGCCCAUAUGUCUAGAAAUUUCUUAGUAAAUUUUUGAAAGACAUUAUCUCCCUCAAUAUAGGCCAGAUCACACCAAACUUGAGGAUCUUGCAAAUCUCGGUUUACUCUUUCUGACUGUGUGGGUCAUUUGUUGUUUACCCGAUAAUAAAUGGACUCAUACCCAGCCCCCCUCGGCUUGAAAAAUAACAAUUUAGGCAAAAAUGUUGUUAAUUACUAGUAAUUUUUAAUUUAUCUUUUAUCAUAGGUCACCUGAAACCUUUUGGUCAACACAGAAAAGCUGAAGGUGAAAUUAUCAGCUUGAAGUAUGCUCCAAGUGGUACUGACUUCUAUCAUAACUUUAUACAUAAAAGACAGCCUGUCAUCAUAAGAGGUGGUGCAAAUCACUGGCCUGCUGUUCAACUAUGGCAGAAUGAAUCUUACCUCACCUCACACUUUGGUUCUAGCAUUUUUACUGUAGAAUAUCGAAAGAAGUUCAAGAAUGAAUUUCCCGUCAGAAAACCUUUAACUCUUAAUGAAUUUCUUAAAAUUUACAAAUCUGAAGAAGUUUACCUGGAUUCAGCUUUUCCACCUAAUGCAUCCAUGUUAAAUGAUGUUCUCUUACCAUCACUUUUAAACUGCCAUGAAAUAUCAUCAACAAUCGACAGUGUUAAUUUAUUAUUUAACAGUGGAAGUGCAAACUCUGCAUUUCAUCAUGAUGGCUAUGAGAAUAUUCUUACCCUCAUCUCUGGAACAAAGAAGAUCUAUUUGGUCAACAGUACGUACAGCAAGGAUCUGAAAGCUGAUCAGUAUGCAAUCACUCCAGGAGUGCUUCCUAUUGAUCCUGAGAAGUUAGAUCUUAAAGCAUUUCCAAAAUUAGCAGAUAUACCAUAUUAUGAAGUAACUUUGAAUAAAGGUGAGUUUCAGUGAUUUCCUGUCUGAUGAGAUUCUUGUUGUUACUUAGAGCAACUUGCUUUGCCAGCCUUUGUUUCAGAGCAAAGACCAGAUUUUCCUCAGGCAUAACUCUUAAGAUUGACAUGCCUAAACUGGUGGCCACCUGUGUACCAAGUUUUGAGCACUUACGUGCCAUGAUAGGCCUCUUAAAAAGGCCUUAGUUGUUGAUUUGCCAAUCAGGUUGAAAGGAAAUUCAAAACGCUUCAUUGAAUCUUUUGAGCGCCAAGAACAAGGAUAUUGUCACUGCUUCGCAGACCUUACUAACUGGGGUUAAAUUACCUCUGUGAUGCAGGUUCAAAAACACUAACGUAUCCUGAUACCCUCUGCCAUAUACCUUUCCACCCAAUUCAUCCACUUACCUUCCAUCCACCCAUUUAAACACUCCUUUAUCCAUUUCCUGUUGUCAAACCUAGGAGGACGGAGUAUAAGUCUGUAUAUUAUGGGAUUAUUAAUAUAAAAUCUACAUAGCCGGAAAGGGGACACCAAGCUUUACAGCAUCUCCAAGUUUGGUGUUAAUUAGGCAAAUACUGAAGAAGACACGGGCACUCUAAAGUGUCAAAAUUUACUGAGGAAUGCAUGGAUUACAGGACAGGUUGUCUGGACGUCCAUAUAUUUCUUUGUACAUUUUGGAGAUUUUGAAUGGCUGUAUCUUGUUUAUUGCAAUAAUAAUAAUAAUAAUAAUAAUAAUAAUUGGCCUGAUUAACACCAAACUUAAGGAUUUUGUAAAGCUUGGUGAGCUUUUCCUAACAAUAAUAAAUAUUUAGGUGUUGUGUUGAUAAGCGCGCAAUAUAGUUUAUUACUUACACCCACUCCCUCACUGUUGAAACUAGAUAGAACCCCCUAUGUACAUAAGCCGGCAUCCACUGUUUUUUCCAGUCAGACACUUAUCCAUGCGCCACCACUUCUUUCAAUCCACAAACUAAAAUACAGUUGAUCCAGAGUAGCCAUUGUACAUGUAGGGAGAUUGAAACAUGAGUGAAUGUAUGGACUGUCCACCCAAAAAAUGGCCAUUGCAGAGAGGUGGCCAUUAGUGGAAGUUCAACUCUUUUAUUCACCUUUAUUUAUACAGUCUAGUAACGAGCAAUUACUGUGUUAUUUAAUUUUUAUUUACAGGUGAUAUGUUGUAUAUACCUCAGUACUGGUGGCAUGUUGUUCGCUCAUAUGACUCACCCAAUAUUGCUGUCAACAUGUGGUUUGGACUGUUCAACUAUGAAGAUAAAUUUCAAGAGGCAGGGAUUUCUGAAGAUACUGAUGUUGUUAAGGUACUCUCUUCAUCUACAAAGCUAGGCAGCUCCUUCCAUAAAAUUAGUUUUGUUAUGCAUGACUCACAUUCUGAAGUCUUCAGAGACUAUUGGUAAUUUAAUAUCAAGCCUUCUGUGGCGUGACCAACAACAUUACCAUCCAGGGCCAAGUUGUUCAAAGCUGGGUUAAGAUAACCCAGGUUUAUAGUUCAAACUUUGAAUUCAGAUAUGAAAGCUUAAAAAGUAAAUUCAGUUUAAUUCUUUUUGUCAACAAUUUGAUGAUUGGCUACUUUAAAAAGAGAAGAGAAAAUUGUCUGAGAAAAUGCUUUUGAUGAAAAGAAAAUGAAAAAAAGACCUGGGUUAAAAUUUAACCCUGACUACUCAGGUUAACAACUACCGGUAGGUUGCUAAUACCAUAAGCUCUAGGCAUUUGACUUCAGUAUCUUGGUUGUUCAUUAAACGCCAUCUUAACUUAACAGUAAUAGGGAGCUUAAACAAAGACAUUUUUGUGUGAUGCACGUCAACCAGAAGUGUGACCUUAUUCCUUUUAAUAUUCCUUAAUGCUACCAAAUUUGUAUUGCUAAGUUUCGUCACUCUUAUAGAGACAAUUUGCUUGAAAAUUUUGGCAAACCCACCACCCAAGAACACAAAAAGUCCUGUCCCAGUUGACGUGUGUUGUUCAAAAACGUCUUUGCCUAAGUUCCCUAAUACUUCUCAACCUACUUAAUAUGAUGUCUUUCAGUUGUCAUUAAUUUUCAUUACAGAAAGUUACAAGUUAGUAUGUUUUAUUUAGCCUAAUGUUGCAAAGAUGUCAUUAUCCUGGCAUUUACUAGUAACUUAUACUUAAGCAAUUCAAACAAUUACACAGCAAUUAUCAUUCCAUAUCAGGUAACAGAGCUGUUUGACAAACUAGUCAAGGAUGAACCAGAUAAGAUUCAGUGUCAAGAAGAAAAGCAUGCUUUGAAUGCUGUCCUAAAAAUCAAUUUAAGUGAUCCAAGCAGUGGACCCCUGAGGAUACCCAAGCAAAACAAGAGACCAGAAGAUAUUACCCUUGCUAGUGGUUAUAAGAGUAAGUACAACACUGUGUUAGCUAGCAGUACCUCAGGUGGCCUGCAGGGCCAACUUAAUUUGGCCUUUUAGGAAUCAAUUACAGUCGACUCCCGAUAAUUCGAACCUUCAAGGGAAAUAGAAAAAAGUUCGAGUUAUCGGAAGUUCGAGUUAUCGAGGGUAAAAUUUAUAUAGAAAAUGAUCUGAAGGGAAAAUGUAAAUAAUACUUCGAGUUAGCGGGAGGUUCGAGUUAUAAUGGGUACAAGUUAGCGAGAUUCGACUGUACCAAAGUCCUGGAAUCCCUUAAUUACUGCGAAACUGACCUGCAUUAAGCGGUCACCUUUUCCGAGGUCGGAACAAGUUAUUUAUUGUCCCCACCUCUAUUUAACGGUCACUUUGACAAGGUGUACCAUCCUAGUGUAACAUAUUCACUGUGUAUGGCAUUUAAUGGUCUUUUUCUUCCUUUCAUUUGGCACAAGAAGAGCUAGAAACAGUUUGAGGUUGUUUAGUCAUAGGAUAGAAUAUUAGCUCUUUCACCAUCUUCAUUUUCUUGCGUAACGCUUAGGUUUGUCAAACUUGUAUUUGGUGGUCAGUAAGCCAUUCUCCCAGGGUGGCCGCUUAAUACAGGUUUGACCAUGUUGUGCUUUUUCCAUAGCUGUUAGAUCUAAGGGUUGCUUAUCUGAAGCUGACUGCUAAUUCAACCAUGUACAGUACUUUGUUUUUUUUUUUCUCUUUCUUCAUCCCUCAUUAGUGCCUGUGAUGGGUCUUGGAACAGCUGCCCUUAUGGAGAACACAACCUUUGCUGUUAAAACAGCACUUGAAAUUGGAUACAGGUUAAUAAAUACUCACAUGUUAUCCUUAUAACAACUCCUGUUAGUGUGUAUACUGAGAGAUAUUCUGGUGUUAACAUGAUAACAAACAUUACACAUAUACAUGUAAGUUAAUACUGAAUGGUUUUGGUGACACUGCAAAAUGAUACCUUCUUGUUUUUUUUCAUCUCUCAGUAGUUUGUAGUAUGUGGUAUGUGUGACUGACAUUUAAACUACCUGUAAGUGGAAUGACCUCAGUGUCAAAUUGAAGAUGACUUCCUCUCACAGUAGUCUGUUGCAUAACUUCAAGAGAACAAUAUUCAGCAAACAGAUCUUACUCUAUUUUCUACAGUUGUGUACAGCUUAUUUGGCAGACAAAGAAAUAUUACGGAAAGGAAAAAUGCCAAAGUGACAAACUCUUGUUGUUUUGUAUAAGAAGAAAUUAAAAGAUCAGUUUGCUUUGUGGAUACAAUAUGCUGUUCAUUGGUUGAGCAAAUUAAUCUGUACGGAAACUGCAGAGAAUAAUGGCCAGUUAGUGCACAGUAGGAAGGUCUGUCAGGUUGGAAUGUGAUGUGUUCUUUACAGGAAUACCAAUUUAACAGCCUUACUCAUUUAUCAUAUAGGUUGAUUGAUACAGCACAGGGAUACCCAGAUUCAGAACCACAAGUCGCUAAGGCCAUUCAACAGAGUGGAAUACCAAGAUCAGAGAUAUUCAUUAUGACCAAACUCCAUCCAAGAUUUCUAGGAUAUGAUACAACAUUAGAGGCCAUUGAAAUGUCCUUGAAGAGUCUCAAGACGGAUUAUAUUGAUUUGUUUCUCAUACACAGCCAGGCUUGUGAUGGCUUCUUUUUGACUUGUGAAGAAGGUAUUACUGUUUAGUCCCCAUUUGUAGGAAGAAAACCUGUACCACAUAGAAGGUUCACCCUCGCAGCUUAGUCAUCAUUAGCAAAAAACUGGCCUCUUUGCCCGCGCCGACGGUGCAUUCUCUGAUUGUCUCACCUUUUUUUUUUCAUGGCGGGGGACCCGGCUGGGUGUGUUACCCCUCUAGCUAAGCCAACUUUUUGUUUCCCGUGUACACAGUUUGCCACAUAUUGUAAAAAAAAUGUGUGAAAAGUUGGCUCGCCAAGGUUGGCUCAGGUAGGUAGGUGACCCUUUGGCCUACGGUCUUUUCGUCUACAAGUCGUUUCGCCAGCGUACUGUUCGCUACCUUUUGAAGUCGUUUCGCGUACGUGUUGGGUCAGUUCCCUAACCGCUUUUGCCUGAUCAGUGGCUAAAAGAACGGGGUAUAUGUACAUGUGCAUCGCAUUUUUUUGUGUCAUGGCUUAGAGGAACGAGGCAUAUACAUGCGCAGCGCUGGUUACCCUUCUUAGUGGAACGACGCAAGACGUUAGCGAAAGGGACGUUAGCGAAACGACCGGUCACCGAUCCUUCUACAUUGUACCUGGGACGAGUUUUCUCCAUAAUGAUAUAAACGGGUCCUUAGAUACAUCACUGAUUUUUGUUUUGAGCUGCUUGAGCCGUGGGUUCUUCUCUGUCAAAAAUAUACAAUUUUUAAUUUACUGUUUCAUAAAUUUGCUUCCUUUCAUUUUGCUAUCUUUACACCCUACAUCGUUGCUCGUUUACCGAAUAUUGAGAACAAAACUUUGUUUUUUCUUCCGUUGUAUCAGGGGAACCAAAAGGAACAUGGCAGGAUAGCUGGAAAGCCAUGGAAGAGAUGCAGAAGAAAGGGAAACUGCGCAGCCUUGGUGUCAGUAAUUUUGACGUUGAAAGCCUGGAAGAACUGGUUCAACUGGCCACGGUUCCAGUGUCAGCGGUUCAAAACUGGUUUGACCCGUUUCAUCAAGACAGAGUUGUUCGUAAGUUCUGCGAGAAGCAUGGCAUUCGGUUCAUUGGCUAUUCUACCCUUGGUAAGUUUUUGGAAGAGAUUUAAAAAGCUAAAAAUACAGCGAAGCCUUAUCCGGUUAUCAACGUUUCUGAAUUCAGAACUGUAAGAUGGUGGACUAUUAAAAGAAGGUUAAUAAACGGAAAGGCGUCUUACAACAACGACUUUGUAAAAAUUGAAGUUCUUUAAUAGCCUGCGCCGCUAGCCUGCGUAGCUGGCGGUUUUUUUAUUUUUGUUGUUGUUUUUUUCUGGUUCGUAAAGUAAGGAAUUCAGCCGCGCGAAGCUUUUUUAACCGAGGACAAAAAAGAAAACGAUGGGUGUGGCGGCGUGGGGAGAAGGCACUCUCGCUCCCUCUCCCAUCGUUUUAUUUUUUGACCUUGAUUCCGCUUUCGCGCGGCUGUAACUCUUACGUUGCAAACCACAACAAAAAAAAAACACCAAAAAAACCGCCAGCUACACAGGCUACCUGCGAGCAAUCUCUUUUAGAUUGGACUUAGGAGAAACGAUAAACGAGUCAAUUCUGGCAUUAUUUUCAGAGCCAAGAAUCUAUGGGGAAUUUAGAAGUCUUUAAGUUAAGCAUUGGACGUUAAACGUCCACUGAUGGGGGAGGAUUACGUAAUAAGCACGUUAGCGUAGGAGGCUAAGGUGUGUGGUGCGCAAAAUUCAAAUUUCUGAGACAUGGAAGCCUCUCCCAACUAGUUCGGUCAUGAACUAUCUUACAGUGUUGACAAUGAUACAACUGCCAACAUUGCCAAAAGAAGCCAAUUAUUAAAUAUAUGUCACGUUUGCGUUUGUUUGAAGUUUUCACUGAAGCUGGUCACUUAAGCUCUUAUCAAGUCAGCUUAGUCUGUGCUCUAAUUAUUUGGCUGCACUGGUAACUUUGGAACAAGUCCCGGUUAAAAGUGGGACAGUAGGGUAUUUUUGUUAGAAUAAUUUACUACUACCUUGUUGAGUUCUUAAGGGAAUACGCCUUAUAGUUGUUAGUUAUUUGCAAGCUCCAUGCAGUGAUCAACUUUCUGUUUUUUUUUCUUUUUGUAGGAACACAGUGGGUUUACUUUCAUGGCUUGCAAAAGAAUCCCGUGCUAACUUCCUCUCUGAUUUUGGAGAUGGCUAGCCAUUACGAAUUUGUCGCCUCUCAAGUUGUUUUGCGAUGGGCUAUCCACGCCAACGUAACAGUGAUCCCAAGAUCGAAGAGUCCUCGCAAUCUGUACUUGAAUUUCCGAUCAUUGGACUUCUCUCUCACUGACGAUGAAAUUGGUUAUUUUGAAAACAUCACAGAUUAUGAAUUUCACCCCUUGGAGACUAAGAUGUCUAAAGGAAUGGGUAGGUAAUUUUUGUACGAUACGAUGAUUGUCACUCUAAACACAGGAAACAGUGGUACUGUCUUCAGUAAUAAAGGUGUUUUUGUUUUUGUUUUUGUUUUUUUUUUCCUUGGUACGAGUGAGAAAACAAAAGAAAAAUCUAAGUUCUUGACAAAAUUCUAGUCCGUAGCUUCCCAGAAGAACCAUUGGACACACGUCAAGAAUUCUCCUAGGAAUGUAGUGUUCAAGGCAAUUUCUACGCUGUACUGAAUAGUUUUUUUCGUCAGCAUGAAAAUCUUUUCAGAUAGGGCCUCUCUUCUCGCAUAAGAACGAUAUUUUCGGCGCGAUUUCUGUAACGGAGCGAAACUGCGCCGCGCUGAUCUCUGAUUUGGAGAGUCACAUGUCAGAUAGGAGUUCAUACUACAUGUAUAACGGAUAGCUUGAGUUGCCUCUGGCCUCGUUUUCAAAAUGAGGCUUACAGCAGUCUUUGAUGUUGUCGUGUUAUUCAAACUUAUUUUUACCUGAAAGGACGUGCUCUUGAUCUCAUUUGGAAGCGAGAGUUUUUGGAACUGGGAAAGCCCUAUACGAGGGUCCCCAAUAUGAUUCUUCAAUCCCGUAAUCUCGACCCAAAAUUUCGGGUAAUUCCGUAACCCCUGUGUUUGUUUUUGGCAUUCCACCUCCCGCGAUACCUUCAAUUCCGAACCUCGCCCUGAUUUUUGCCUCAAAAUCCCAAAUCCCGAGCGUCAAAUAAGGGAAAUCCCGGAUCCCGACAAACCUAUUGGCUACCCUCCUGUUACCUUUGUUUGUUUGGGCCAGUGAUUCAACCAUUGCUGAGUGUGUUUCCUUGUUUAAUGUGUAUUUAUUAUUUGUUCAGGUUGUUCCGAUAAACAUGCGAACUGUCAGCAGUGGGCGGAAUCUGGAGAAUGCACAGUAAACCCAGACUGGAUGCUGAUUAACUGCCAACAAAGUUGCGGACUGUGUUGUGAGUUUUUAAACUUCCAUGGCAUUUCCUCAGUAGAACGUUUUGUUAUUCAAGCCCUCUCGAUAGCAGACUGCUUAAAAUGUAGAUCAAUUUAGGCUUCUUGGAAGCUGCCCACCUACCCCUCCCCUAAUCCAACCUGUAACCCUAAUUGAGAAGUAAGUGUUAAUGUUGGCUUAGGGGAGGGGUAGGUAGUCAGUUUUCUAGAAACUUAAAUUGAUUCUAAAAUUUGUCAAGCCGUAAGUAAUUUUUCUCAGGUAUUUUUUUUCUUUUUUUCACUUUACUUUACAGAUGACCAAGACCUAACAGAUUCCGGAGCAGAAGAACCCCUUGUUUUCGUUGGAUCGGAAGAUCAUUACAUGUACGCUCUUCACAAUGCAGAAGGAACAGUUGUCUGGAAGUAUAGAACUCUUGGGAAAAUUAUGUCCACUGCUGCCUUUAGUCACGACGGCGAAAUCUUGUAUUUUGGUUCGAACGACGGCAAUGUGUAUGCCCUUUAUACGGCCGAUGGUUCGUCAGUAUGGACGCAUAAGACCGAUGGAGCUGUCGUGGCACAACCAACUGUCAGUGUUAACGGGAUAGUUUAUAUCGGGUCGCACGAUCAAAUCGUGUAUGCACUGGAAGGUAAAACCGGGUCUGUUGUAUGGACCUCAAAUCUUGGGUGUGCCAUUUGGGGUACAAUUGCUAUCGACAACGAAAGGGGACUUCUCUUCACUGGCUGUACCUCUGAAAAGUCAAACACUUCCGACGCCAUAGAUACUCCUCAUAUCUUUGCCCUGAAUGUCAGUUCGGGAGACGUCGUUUGGAAGUUUGAAAGCGCCGGAAACGUGUACGGUUCACCAGCUCUCACGCCGAGCGGACAUACCGUGUUCUUUGCCUCUUUAGACCAUAAUAUCUACGCUCUUGAUCGUGAAUCUGGUAAGCUGGUGUGGUCUUAUGACACAGGGUCAGAAAUAGAAUCCUCUCCCGUCGUGAGCCGGGCAGAUGGCACGCUAUUUGUGGGAUUGAUCAAAGACCAGCUGAUUGCUGUAGAUACUGUUAGUGGUCCUUUAGAGGGGAAAAUCAAGUGGAAAGUUAACACUGGCGGAGAGGUGGUAUCGUCACCAGUCAUUACUGAGGAUGGGAGGGUAAGUCCAAAUUGUCAGACGGAAAAUAAUACGCCAUUUCCGAAUUCAGUGACCAAGUCAAAUGUACCCAAGUGUGCGUCGCCGUUCAUGUGAAAAUGAGCUUUCUUUGCGGGAGAAUAGAAGGGCGCUUUCCAUUUGUCAGAACUGACCGGCAAGGCCAUUCCCGUCGUUAAUGCGAAUUUCACUUUCAAUCAAAGCUAUCCUGCCAGAUCAGUCAAAUCCUAAAUAGCAUGCGCAAAGAAAUAAUCGUUUUUCUUUGAAGAACCCUUGAAUAAAGCCUAUUUCAUUUUCAAAAUGACAGGUACGGCCAUGGUCGGGCCGGCUAGUUCUGCCUUUUGGAAGCGCCCUUAGCUUAUACCUUGCUUUCAAAAGAGGCGAAGGUCAACAUGAGAAUGGCAUAGUUAGUGGAGACAGAAGGCUAAGAAAAGGAUAUAUAAUCAAUCAAUAAUGAGGAUACGAAUCCCGCUAGCUGGUAGAUAGAUAGUUUGGGGCCUCCUGAAUAUUUUAAGAGAAGGGUUUUCUUUUCUUCACUUCCAGUCGUUCUUACCUUGCAGCCGUUACAAAUGCUUGCACAGAAGCGGCUGUAAAUUAUCAAUUCGGUUUUUGAAAAUAUUGACGACUUCAAAUCACAGGGGUAAGUAAAGCCUAUCCCUUUCUUUAUCUCAUCCAGCUUCUAGUGUGGACGGGCAGUAAGUUGUAAUCAUAAGUGUGACAACAGGGGCACCCAACGACGGUUUCCUCCUAAAUACAUUCAAAACACUUUUUAGACUGUCUAGAGCACUUUUAGAUAUCUAGGAAUGCAUUCCAAGAGGCGCUAUAAAAUUUGUAACUGUUCGGUCAUCCUAGGGAAACUUGAGUCUUUUUUAAUUUACAAGGGCUUCAGUAUUAUCUUCCUGACAAUUUUAGAUGCAAUGUAACUUUUUACGAAAGUGAAAAAUUUUCUAUUUGCAUUUUUGAAUCCGAAAAUUUUAGGUUUCCAUUUUCUACGAAAAAUAGCCCAGCACUGGUAGUGAAAUGUGAAAAAAAAAUGUUCAUUCAGAAAAUCGUAAUAGAACGGGCGUCCAGAAAUUUUUAGCCGUCCUAAACCAAUAGAAAAUUCUAGGCCGCGUUUGCUUUUCCGAACAGAUAUUUUACAGAAAAUGGUCUUUGGGUGCCCCUGUGACAAUUUCAAAAACUAUUAAACAGUACUUGACUUGGUAUUUUUUUCCUAAAAAACUGUUUUACAAAUCAGUAGAAUUCCUCAUGAGCCAUUUACUCAGACUUGACAUUGUUUCUUACUCUUCAGGUUUUCAUUGGUUCAGGCGACGGACGCAUUUUGGCUCUCAAUCAAACCGACGGUUCCCAUAUAUGGUCACCAACAACUGGUGACUACGUCGUGGCUUCUGUAGCAGUAUCACGUGAUAACGUAGUGUAUGCGGCUAGCUCAGACAAGUUCCUGUAUGCUUUACACGGUAAUGAUGGCUCCGUAAUCUGGAAGUUUCAAACUGGUGCUGCUAUUGUGGCAUCUCCGUCUUUGUUUCCUGAACAUAUGAUGUCCGUUGGUUAGACAGAGAAGUUCUGUUUUCCGCGUCAGCAAAACGUAACGUUUCACAUUCUAAAGAAAUUUCGUAAUUUAUUUCCUUUUACAUCGUAAGAGCAGUAAUUUAAUUACUGUGGUGCGUUUAAAAGCUUUGGCAUAAAUGAAGUAAAUAAUGUACAUAAAAUAACCUAUAAUUUAUAUACAGAUGUCCGUUUAUUGUUCAAAUGGGCUUAAAAGACAAUAUAAAAGAAAGGAGUAAGCUUGAAAUGAUAAAAUACGUACAUGUAAUAAAAGAUGAUAAUUUAUCCACAACCAAUUGUAAAGUAAACAGUAUAAAUUGAGUAAUUAAAAUGGAAAUGAG